CUGGGCAUUUCACAAAUGAACACAAGCAAGAGUGUACUGCACAUCGUAAUUCGUUACAAAAUGUAAUUAAACAGUUGUAUAGUUUUAAAAAAAUACAGAGAUUUUCAUAUUUAUAUAAUUUUUAUUUAGUAAGUGACUAAGAAUAUUAAUAACGAAAACAAAUGGACAGUGAAAAGAAAAAAAGCGCUAAGAGACGUUCCUUGGAGGCCGGCAGAGAAAUGCUGGCCAGAUAUAAGGAGUCACUUCGAAAUAUUGAUACGAGUCAAACUGGAGAGCCUUCUGACGAAAGUUUUGUCCUCAAUGAUACACAGCAGUCUGUUGAUCCACAAAGCCUUUUGAUGCUUGAAGAUACUUCAUGUAAAGACACAACACAGAGCAGUAUCAGUAUGAGCGAAGGAGAGGGUGAUGGCGAUAUUGACGGUAUGGCGGGUCGUGUAGCUGAGUUGAAGGAACUUAUGCAAGGUAAAGAGGCUAUGAUUGAGUCAUUGAGUACAGAAAUUGAAAACAUGAGGGCCGAAGCUGGUUCUCCGAAUUCCUCACAGAGUCAGAACAGCAGCACUCAAUACAAAGACCUUUUUAAUGCAUACAAAAGUAAAGUUUUUGAGUUUGAGCAAGCAAUAAAGGAGCGUGAUGACUAUAUCAAUCAUUUGACUGUACUAUUGGAGCAGACUUUAGCAUCUAGAGAUUCAUUAAAAACACAAUUGGCUGCUUUGAAACCUAUUUCUGUGCCUCGGAGUGAUACUGACGGACAACUGGAUGUUGAUAAAAAGAUUCAAGAUCUAGAAGAGGCUUUAGGUAAUCAUGUAGAAGUUAUUCAAAAGCUUAAUGAACAAUUACUUGACUCUUGCAAACAAAUAGAUCAACUGGAAGUCGAUAAAAAAUCGCAGGAUGCAGAAAUAGUUAGUUAUAAAUUCACCAUAAAUAAACUCAAUGAAGAUCUACAGAAAUAUUCAGAGAUGAUGAAUAUGUAUGAAGAGACAAAAAAUACUAUUACAAAAAGAACCGAGUCAGUGAUUGAAAAAUUCAAGGCUGAACUAGAUGAUCAAAAACAGUUACAUGAACAGCAAAUCAAAGAGCUUAAUGCUAAUCAUCAAGCUGAAGUAGCAAAAAUUAAACAGCGUUAUGAAGAACAGUAUAAAGGAUUAUUUGAGCGUUUUAAUUCUGAGUUACCAGCGCUUGAAAGUAAACACUCCAAGGAGUUGCACGUUUUUCAAACUCAAUUAACAACUUAUAAAAAAAUUAUGAAUAAUCUUAAAACUGAUUUAGAUAAUCGAAUUAAAUCUGAACAAUUAGUAAUGUCUGAUUUGAAUAAUUCUAAGAGACAAUUGAUGCUCUGUCAACAAGAUAAGGAAAUGCUUGAGGAACAGAUAAAAUUACACAAAGUACAAGUUGAAGAGUUAACUGUUAAAUACAUGGCUGCUAGCAGUGUUUUGAACUCAAAAGAAAGCAUUGAGAGAUCUUUAGAAGAAGCAUUGAUUAAUGUUGAGACACUUAAGCGCGAUUAUGAAACACUUCAAUCAAAGUAUGAUGAUGUAAGUGCUAAAUACGCAGCAACACAGUCUUUGAUUGAAAAUACUCAAUCACACGAAAGAGCUAUGAAUCACAGAGGUUUUGAAUAUGAUAAAUCGUUGUCACGUAUGAGUGGUCUCAAUGCUAGUUUUGCUAGUGAAAUAAAUGCUACAACUUAUCAGACAUUUGAUGAUUUUAGUAUUCAGUAUGAGAUGAUGAAAAAACGGUUGGAAGAAAAAGAUUCAUUAGAAAAAAAAUUAAUUGAUAAAAUUAGUGGUCUUGAGGAUAAAAUUUCCAAAAUCACCAAACAGCUGGAAGAAACCAAUUUAGAGAAAGAGUCUUAUGAAAAACAAUUCAAGGAUGCUAAAAAUAGGUGUGAUAAAAUGAUGUCUGAAUUAAAAACAAUGAAAGAAUCAAACGCUACAGUACCUCAACCUUUUCCCAGUUCUAUUUAUUUCCCUGAUAAUAACUCUACAUCUUUAAAUGAUUCUUUGUCGGAGCAAAAGGAUAUUCGCAAUGAUUCGAACAAAAUAGAGUCUUUUAAUAGGGAGAUUGAGGAGUUGAAGCAGGCACUUCAACAAAAAGAUCAGGAGCUCACAGAAGCGGAUACUAAGCUUCGCAAGGCUAUGGAAAAAAUUAAACAGUACAAAGCUGAGUGUGAUCAAGCUAAAAGCGGACUUGCCCGAGCUUGGGAGCAUUGUGCUGAAGUUGGUGAACGUUUAAAUCAAACACUUGCCAUUAAUGAAAGUCGUUUUACUGAUUCAAUAAUGACGACGUUCAGUAAUAAUAAUAAUACUACUACCAAUGAUUUAAUCGAUCAGUUGGAAGAAUCUAGUGAUAAAAUUGCCAUCUCUUCGUGUAAGUAUGAAGAUGAGAGUAUUAUUAGUACGUCAGAUAAAAUUUCUAGUCUUAGUCAUUUGGGAAAGCAGCUGAAUUGUUUACAUGUUCGGACGGAAAAUAUUGAAUUGGAGAAUCAAAAAUUAAAAGAAGAAAAUACGGAGCUUUUGAAAGUCCGAGAUAAUUGGGAAAAAAUUAAAGCUGAUAUGGAAAAACGUCAUGCUCAAGAAAUGGAAGAAGUGAGAACGUAUUUUGAGGAUAAGUGCGUUCAAAUAGAAAAACAAUAUUCUGAGGAUGUGUUCAGUCAACAAUCAAAAAAAAUGUCUGAUGACAGCGAAGUUGAAGAAAUGGCUGAUGACUUGUAUUGUGGAGGCGGUGGCGACUGUAUUGUUAGUAUUAAUAAUAAAACUGUUGAUAACUCCAAAACUCAAGUUACAGCUGAUCGUCAUAUUAAAUGUGAAGACUUGAAUCGCAAUUCUAUUCUUGAAACUAAAGUACACCAGCUUUGUCAAACAGAAUUGGAUGCUGCUGUCGAGAGUAGCGAGUUAACCGAGCUACGGGCUGCCUACAGCCAGCAGCUUGCGGAACAAAUUGCACUCGCCAAAUGUGACAUUGUCAACGCACUCCAGGAACAAAUUCAGGCAUUAGUAAGCGCUGAAUCAUCUUCGGAAGAAAAUUGGCCACCAGAACUUCUGGAACUACGUAAUAAAUUUACCAACAAUGCAAAGCGUGAUAUAGAAAAAUUAAAAGAAGACCAUUUGCGUGAAAUAAAUCAAUUGAAGGAAGAACACUCACGUAAUUUAAGUAAAACAAUUGAACGUUACCAAGAAGAAGUUAAUAAAUUAAGUAGUGAAAUUAAGGCUUGUAAUCAAAAUAAACAUGUAAGUUUAGUAAAUAAUGAUGAUAAAUUCAUCCAACGAGAUAAUUUAUACAAAACAUGUGCGACACUAAAGAGUUCAGUAGAAGAACUCAUUAAAUAUUUUGCUAAUUGUGAAGAGGAAUUAAAUAAUAUAUUAAUGACCCAAGUAUUAAAACGACAAAUAUCAAAUAUUAACAAUUUAACAAAUGAUGAAACAGAUUUAUAUAAGAGUGAAGCAGAUAUUAAUUUAACGUCAUCUACAUCUUUAUCUCCUACGAUGAAAAUAAAACGAGUUCAUUUUGCUCCUUUGCCUAGUCAGAUAUCCACAAUUAUGAAAAAUGAUUCUAAUAUUCUAAUCGAUUUAAUCGAAGCUGAUAAUGAUAUUGCGGGCAAAUUACGCAUUGAGUUACAAAAAUGUUUACAGAGAUUAAAAACAGAAAGUGCGGAAAUAUUUGACGUUAAUUUAUCAUCCGACGAUUCGGUGAUUGAUGCUCUGUCAAAACAAAUUUCUUGGACAACUAAAAUUAAUGAGGAACUUAAUGCUAGACUUUCUGAGGCUGAAAAUACUAUUGAAGAAUAUCAAGAUGAAUCACAACAAUUGAAAUGUAAAAUAAUGGAUCUUCAGCAAAAAUUAAUAGCCAUUGAUACUCGAAAAGAAAUUAUUUCUGAAGGGUAUGGUGAACAGGACAACACAGAAAGAGAACUUGUUGUACAAGACUUCAACCAAUUACAUGAAAGAGCGAGACAAGCGAUUAUGAAUGGAGCUGGUGAUAACUCAUACUUACUUCAAUUGAUUGAAGAAUUAUGUAGAUAUCACGACAAACAAUCAGAAGACAAUAGAAAAGAAAAAGAAGACUUACAACAACAGCAGGUGUUAAUGUCCCCUCCUUCCCCAAGCAUAUCAAGGGUUCGAUGUCAAAAGAUUGAAGCGGCGGAUAAGCAAUUACGUUCAACUCGUAAGUUCCUCGAGGAGCAAGCUAGUGAGCGUGAGAUUGAACGCGACGAUGCAGCACGACAAAUACAAGCGUUACAAGAACAUCUUAAAGAACGUGAACGCGAGAAGGAACGCGAUUUGCGUAUUUCAUCUGAGCCGGCUUCACUGUCUCCUGAACCAUCAUUGGUCAUUCCUACGCUUCAAAAUUUUGAUGGGCAAGACGUCGAAGGGUUAGAGCAACAAAUACGUGAAAUGUCUCAAACAAUACAAGACUUGGAAUCAAAGAAAACCGCUGUCGAUGAUGAAUUGAAAGCAGCUGUUGACAAAAUAUGGGAGCUUCGAGAUAUUAUCGUGAGCUUGGAGACUCAACUUGAAUCAAAAACCGAGUUAGAGAAGCAUUUGUUAAAUCAAAUUGAACAGAACAAGGAAAUAAUUUCCUCUCAGAAUCAGCAUAAUCAGGAGUUGGCUCAAGAGUUAGAGACUCUGAAAUUGGGCGGUGACAAUACACAAGAUGAUCAUAUAAUUCAUUUGCAAGAAGAACUAAGAAAACACAAAUUAAGUACAGAACACUUUAAUGUUAAUUCUACGGCUUUAAGGCAAAUGAAAUCUGAGCUACAAGAUAUGCAAAAUCACUUAGAUAAAAAAACUAAGGAAUUAGAAACACUUCAUAUGUGUGGUUCUAACUUGAGUAUUAGUCAACCCAGUGAAGAUGUUUCUAUACGCGAUCAAAUUGACGCUACGAGAUGUCCUACACCUGAUGAUCCUAAUGCACCGCCUACUCUACCGCUUGACCAGCUUCUUAAAUUAAAAGAUAAAUUAUUAAAACACACUCGAGCUGAAGAAGUCGCUCUCAAACGGAUUAAAGACCUUGACAUGCAAUUAUCUACUUUGAAAAUUCAAAAUGAGGAGUUGCAAGCAGAGCAAGAAAUCUUACAGCAAACAAAUUCAGAGCAGCUGUUUCAAAUCGAAGCUAUGCGCGGUCGAUUGGAGCAGUAUAAACAGAGUGCACCGUUUGCUCAACGACAAGCUACGUCACGUCUUGAAUUACAGUUGCACGAAGUCAAUACUAAAGUUCAUUCAAUGGAGCAGGAAUUAGCUAACAAGGAUCGUGAACUACUCGACGUAAAAUAUCAACUUGAACGUAAGUCUCAGUUAUUGCAGGAUAAACAGGACGAGCUUUUUACAGUCGUACAAACGGAGAAUGACAUAAUAAAUGAGUUGAAAAAUCGCGUUGAACAUCUAGAGCAGGAAAAACGUGUGUUGGAAACUAAAUGCAGUAGUCAAGAACGCGCACAACAAGAAUUACCGCAAUUGAUUGAGUCAAUGCUCACUGACAAGAAUGAAGAGAUUGAUCACCUCAAAGAGCAAUUGUCGAAAAAAGAGAAGCAGUUUGAAGUGUACACUUCUUUACAGAUGGAAGAAGGUAACCUUCAACAUGGUAAAAAUGAGCCGAAAAAUAGCGCAAGAACGUUGAGUGAUAUAUUAUCAAUACACUCAGAGUGUGAAGAAAUAUCCGAAGCGAUUCGUGAGGGCUCCAAUGUUUUACAUAACACAGCUUUAAAUAUAUCUUCGGCAAAAGUUCCGGGUUCAUUUGUUACAAAUGAUCAGCUUGACGGAUCAUCAGUUCCGUUUAUGGACUUACAAAAAUCAGAUUUAAGGAAUCCACCACUUGAAUUAAGCAGUCAGCCAUACAGCUUCACAAGCUCUCAACAUGUUUCACAGCCGCAGUUAUCCGCUAUUGAAUCAGUACACAGCGAAGGAGAAUUUAACUCACCAAAACGUAAUAGUAGUGUUGUAUCUGAUGGAGCUGGAGGAUCUACGAGUAAAAAUAAACAGUCGGGUAGUUUGUCAAAGACGGAUAUAAUAACACCAACGCGCACCAAGUCAGUAUUAGUAGGGUCUAAUUUAUCACAACCGUGUAUUGAAGAUUUGGAAAAUCAAUUAAAAGCUAUUCACAACGAGUUGCAAGCAAAAUCGGCAACUUUGAGCAAACGCGAAUUGGAACUCGAUGCUUUGCAAAAAAGUCUUGAUGAAUUGCGAGCUGAAUUUAAAGAUUCUAUUGAUACGGUUACACGUGAUAAAGUAUUCUAUAAAAAUCAGUAUGAAUUAUCGCAGGAGUCGGAAAAGAAAAUUCGAAAUGAUUUGGAGGAGGUUGAAAAUAUUUUGAAAAUUCGUAAUGAAGAGCUGGAAAUUUACAGAGAUAAAUUACAAACAAAUGAACAAGUACUUCAUGAAUUGCAGAAUGAGAACGAUACUUUGAGAAAAGAUAUUAGAAAAAUAUGUGACGAUAAUAUGGCGUAUCAAACGACAAUACGAGAAAAAGUUCAAGAAUUGAAAAAUUUGAAAGAUAUUAUUUUUGAGAAAGACAUCACAAUAGAAACUAUUAAAACUCGUAAUGUUGAGAUUGAAAAUGAGAAUAAACAGCUGUAUACUUUUAAGACUAAAUUUGAAAGCUGUCGCAAAGAUUUGAUGGACAAGCAGAGUGAUAUUAAACGUUUGACUGACGGGUUAAAUAGCCGGGAUGAAUUGAUCCAGCGGUUGGAAGAAAUGGCAAGGCGUAGGAGUUUAUCUAACACUUAUCCUAUGACUGAUAAAGAUCAGGAGAUUCAUCAUUUGCAGGAGUAUAUUAAGGAAAAGGAUAAAGUAAUAAAACAGAUGACCGAUGACAGUAAAAGUUUACAACGUUCUUUAGAAACUAUUCAAAGUAAAAUAAAAGAAUCUGGCAAUGUUAUCGAGCUAAGAAAAAAACUCAAGGAAGAGAGGAUGUUUAAUGACGAGUUGACUAAAAUGGUGGCUAAGCUGAAACAAGAAUUAGAAAUUUUGAAGGACGAAUCUGUUAGACAGUCAUCGGAAGGCGCUGAUAUUGAAGAUAUGGUGCAGCGUGAAUUGAAUUUAUCCGCUGAUUUGGAUAGAAAAAUAUUGGACGCCAUUGAAAAUGAAUCUGAAGAAUUAACGAUGGGUCGAAGAGUAGAUCACGCUUGCAACUCAAUCAAACCCUUCGAGCAAGAUAUUGAAAAAAUAAUGCAACAGUACUCUGAUAUUCGACGAAAAUUAAAGCAAGCUAAUAAAUUGAAUGAACAGUUACUGCAUGAAAAGAAUGAACUGGAAAUUGAACAGGAUAUAUUAAAGUCACAAAUAAUGGAUUAUGAAAAUAGGAUCUUGGAAAUAAAAUCAGAUCUUGACGAUGAGAAUAAGAAAAAUAUGACUUUAGUUGAAGAUUUAUCAGUACAUAAGAUAAUGAUUCGGGAUUUGCAAAUACAUGUACAAAAGGAAAAAAAUAAAUCACGUAGAACACAAAUGGAAGACGCUGAUAUUAUAAAAGAAUUGAGACUACGUUUGACUACAUCGUUGGAUGUAGAGAAAGAAUUGAGAGAUAGUUUAGCCACUGCCAGACAAAAUUACAAGUUGUUACAGGUUAAAUUGAAUAAUCUUAAAGAAACGAUAGAACCCGAGCGGUCGGGUAAUAUUUCCUCGUCGCCUGAGUUACAGGAAGCUGAGAAAAACGACUUGAUGAUGGCUGAAAAGUAUGAGAAGGUUGUAAGAGAGCUUAUUGAAUUGCAAGAUACAUUAAAAAUAAAUCAAGCUGAGAAAAAUCGUUAUGAAAAGCAGCUGGAAAUUGAGUUAGAGGAACGAGAACGUUUGUUGAGUCAAAUAGCUCUUGUUGAAAGUAGCAAAGAGCAUCUGGAGAUUGAGUUAAAACGGACUAAAGAAGAGCUAAAGAGCUAUCAAGACGAAUCUAAAUGGCUAAAGAAACGUUUGGACAGUAUUCUAGAAGCUGAUGAAAAGAAACAAAGUCAGCGCAGUGAUGAACAAAAUGAGUUGAAGAAUUUGAGACACGAGCUUAAGAACACCAAAGAAGUGAUGCGUGAUCUGGAAAUCGAUUCUAAGGAAUUAAAACGACAGUUGGAAAGAGCGCAAAUCGAGCAAGAUCAGGUGACUCAUGUGUUGGCUAACUUGAGGAAAAGCGAGAGUGUGCUUCAGAAGAAAUUAAACGCUGCCAAAAAUGAUGAGGAACGUUUGAAGGAAGUGAUUGAAGAGCUCCGGGCAGAACUGCAAGCUAGAUUCAACAGAGAGCUAGAGCUGUCGAAGGGAUUUUUACAAGAAAACUCUGCUGGAGAUAAAAAUAUGUCUGCUAAAUUGAUCAAUCAAAUCACUGAGCUGACCAGUGAAAAUGCAAGAUACUCGCUUGAGAAAGGAGUUUUGCACGAUAAAUUAAUUAAAGCCCGGGAAGAAAUUGAAAGACAUGUCGUACGCGUUAAAGAAUUGGAAUUGAUGUUACAGCAUAGUGAUGGAGUUACGUCUUCGCAUGAUAAUAAUCAGCUGUUGAUGAAACUUCAGUAUAUUUAUGCAAAAUAUAUGCGUGUGGAUAGUAAAAGAAAGGCUUUGGCUUUCCAAAAACGUUACUUACUCUGUGUCAUUGGUGGGUAUCAGUUGUCUGAAGAUAAUGCAAGGUCAAUGUUGGCGAAAUUAACUUCUGUGGAGCGUUCAUUUAUAUCUGAGCAGACACUCCAUGUUGUAAAAACCUGCCCCAGAGCGCGUUUCAGAUCGGCUGUAUUGCUUGUUAUUGGCUUACGUCGUAUGAAAUGGAUGGUACAGAGAUGGAGAAGUGGUAAAAGAAAACCAGCUCCGACAAUGCUUACUCAAUCAGAUCAAACUUAUCCACAUUUACGAGUACAUCUCGCAAAUCACUUAUCAUCUAAUAAUAAUGAUAAUCCUAGACACAGUUCAACUACAGCUACUUCUACUUCUGCUAAUCCUGAUAAUGGUAAUCCAUUAGGAGGUAUUGAUUAUGAAUACUACGCUCAGCGAUUUCAUAACAUCGAAAAUAUCCUAGGGUUGGCCAUGAAUGAAGCUGAUUCCCAUAAUCCAGUGACAAAUUAACAUUGUAUUAUAAUUUUUUUUCUCUGUUUUAAAUUAUUUAUAAAAUUAUAUUAAUUUAGAAUAAUAUUUUUAUAUUUUGUACGAGUUAUGAUUUUUUUUUGUAAAAUAGGUAAAAAUUUUUCAAUCAAUUGUCUGCAUUUUUUUAAAAAAUUGAAUUUGACUAUUGAUUUAUUUUAUUUAAAUAAUUGAUUUAUGUAAUUAAUAAUUGUAGUAUGAAAUUAUAAUUGUACAGAGUGUCGUGAAUUUAAAAUUUACACAGACGAUCUUCCAUUUUUAUAGAAACACCAAAGUUCAUUUUUUUCUUAAUAUUUUUGAUUGUGCUGCAAAAAAAACAAAUUUAUUAAAACUAAAAUGUUUAUA